AUGAGAUCGAAAGGUGUCUUGGGCUUUGCAGCCAGUGCUAUCCUGGCGACAGUUGUUUCAGGAGCUCAAAUUACUAAGAGCUUGUCUCCAAACGCGCAGGAUCUCUUUGACUGGUCCAUUUACGUCAAUGACCUGCGCUGGGAUGACUCCUACAAGUAUAUCUGGUAUUCCGACAAUGGCCCUUGGUCAACUCGCUUCACGGCCUGGUACGUUGCCGGUCUGCUGUAUCGAAACAAGGGAAACGAUCUAUCCAAUGCCAAAGCAGCCAUUGAGAAUAUCCUCUCAUGCCAAAUGAGUGACGACUACGAGUCAGCUUGGUAUGGUACAUUUAAGCUCUCACCUGACGAGCCAUAUCCUACCCCGGACUCGGAUUUAUAUCCUCCAAGUAUCUAUAAUACAUACGAUCCUAACUGGAGAGAAUUCAUCGGAACGCAACUCGUGCAGAUUGUCGAGGAGUUUUCUGAUAUGCUAGGAUCCAGCCUUGUGUCUCGCAUUGAAGACAGCUUGGAGAUUGCAGCUGUUGGAUCUAUGCGUCGCAAUGGUUCGUUUCCGGAAGGGGACAACCUGACCCCAGCGUACUCUAAUCCAGCUCUUAUGCGUGCUUGGUACGUCUCUUGGAUUGGUGAACGUCGCCAAAACGAGACCUUUAUCAAUUAUGCCAAUGAGCAGGGAAAUACCAUCCUAGAGCUCUUCAAAUCCACCGGUUCUAACGUGCUAUCUGAGUAUAAUGCACCCACCUACUACGGGAUGGAUAUUUGGGCCCUUGCAGGGGCCAUCAAAUACGGCCCAAAAAAUGCCACAAUGACUCAGAACGCCAAAGUAAUCUUGACAGAUCUGUGGGAAGAUAUCGCGAACCACUACAGCCCUUACCUUGCCCGACUAGCGGGACCGUACGAUCGUGCUUAUACUCGUGAUGUGGUCACAAACUCGGCUGUUAUCGACUACUUCUGGUGGGGAUUGUAUGGUUACGGAAACGGACCCCAAUCCAACAAGCUCGAAACAGACUUGCUAUACGAUGUUACCCAGGGUGCUGCCCUAGCCCUUGUUGUCGACAUUGUUGCAGACCACAUCUCGCACGAGAAUGCCACAUGGCUUUCGUCUCGCAAGGAGUGGAAGGGAGAGCGCAUGCUAACAAAACGUGCCCCUGAUGCCCUCGGUGCUGAUGCAGAGGUUCGAAUCGUGACCUCAUGGAUCAGCUCUCCUCUUAUGAUUGGCGCCGAACAGGUAAACGAAACUGUCAAUCGUGGACAGCAAUAUGUUCCAGCGAUUGUCCAGUGGGCUGGCGACAAGGAUCAUACUCCAUAUCCAUAUAUGACCUUUUUCAGUCUCUACCCUACAGCAUCGAGUAUAAAUGCCAUUGCCGGGCCCAACAUCCUCGAAAUCUCGUACCUAAAUACCACUCAAGAUGGCACUGACAUAUUCACAUUCGCACUUGCGCAGUUGCCACCUAGUUGGACGCUCAUCAAGAAGAAGGUUGUCAAUGGUCUCGAAGAUGUGCCUUGCCUCGAUGUGAACAUCACCGCAGAUGGAUUGAUAAAACAGCCAGUCGUCUACGGGGCUACUGUCGAAGAUAACCGAGUGUAUAAUGUUUCCUAUGUUGUGCCUUCUAACUUCACAGGAACGCCGAAGAUAUCCUUCAAGUUCAAGUACUCCUGUUGA